UCUGAGCCAAAAAGCCAAAUUUUAUUCCAACGCGCCUUUUGGUUUCAAUUUUUAUCUCCUUUUUCAAAACUGCUCUGCCUCCUUAUGGUUUACAGAGAGCCUUCACUCACCCACACUGCUCUCCUACCUGUGACCACCAUCAAUCUUCCGGGUCGCACUCCAGCCAACCUCCGCCCUUGCAACUCAGGCGACCUCUACCCUCUCUCGUUCUUCACGCUCACAGAUUACAGAGCCCUAACUCGCUCACCUGCUCUGCCUUGUGGCCGCCGCGGCGCUACUGAUCUUCCGGGUCGCACUCCAGCCAACCUCCGACCUCGCAACUCAGGCGACCACCACCCUCGUGGUUCGCGUUCACAGGUAAUAGCUCUCACCCGCUCACACUGCUCUGCCUCGUGCAUGUGGCCGCCUCCUCCGGUCUCGGACCUCGCACCGCCACCAGCCUCUAAUCCUUGCCCCUUUGCGUCUUUGUGCGAUCUCUGUCAAGUCCCAAUUUUUUUCAAUCGGCGCUCAAUCCUCACCAUGAAUAGUACGAGAGCCUUGAGCAAAUUGGUAACAGAGCAGAACGCCUUAGGGUUAAAUCAGAUAUAUAUUUAUAUUCAAGUAUUGAUAUUGAGGUGGAAAUAUGGAUUUCCUCUGAUUAAUUUGGCUGCUAGCAUUCUUCUUGCUAUAUUAUUUUCUGUUUUAUACAUGGAUUUUUAUAGAAGUUAUUGUCUGGGUCCUAUUAAGCAAUUAUUUCAUGUAAUAGCCUUAACUUGCGAGAACUGUAUGGUGAAGUCUAGAUACUUGUAUGCUUUUUUAUCUUAAUUUAGUUUUCAAUAUAUAUUGAAGAAAGCUCAGCUUUUUUCCCCUCAUGCUAUGGUUGUUGAUUCAAUACAAACUCUUGAUCCUAUUAACACUGUUAAUAGUUUUCCUUCAACUCUAUUAACACUUUUCUUUUUCUAUCAUUUGCCAAUGUCUUUGAAUUUAAUAUUUUGUUUUGAUUUAUGUAUUCUCUAGUGGUUAGAGCAAAAGGUUAAGUUGAAUGAUGCUGAGCACAAGUUAAAAGAUCAAGGACGUCAACUAAAGGUUCAACAGAAAAGAAUUGGUUAUACUAAAAAGACAAUUCAUGCUUUGUAUAAAAAGUUGAAUCUCCCGCUUCCUUCAACCUUGUCUGAUCCUGCAGAAGAUGAGCUUGGGACAGGCUCUAAUGAUGAUGAGGAUGAUAACAUAAGUGAUUGAUGUCAGGAGUAUAUGUUUUUUCUGAUUUAGAUUAAGGAAUUUUUAGGUGAAUUAGUUAGUACAUUUUAUUAUAUUCAUGAUAUUUGACCUUUUUAAAGGCUUUCUUUGUUUUAGUUUAAGUAUUUUUUUUUAUUUUAAUUUGAUUACAUUUAUGGACAAAAGUAUU